AUGGCUAUUAUUUUGAGGUUUGUUGAUAAAGAUGGUUUUAUUAGGGAGCGAUUCUUUCAUAUUGUGCAUGUUAAAGAUACUUCUGCAUCAACUUUGAAAAAAGAGAUAUGUGUUGUUCUUUCUCGUUAUAAUCUCCAAAUUGAAAAUAUUCGAGGCCAAGGAUAUGAUGGAGCUAGUAAUAUGCGUGGUGAAUGGAAUGGGUUACAAGCUUUAUUUUUGGCUUCAAUUAUUAAUAUUGUUGGGGGUUCUUCUAAAUGUCAUGAUGACUUGCAAUCUAUUCAUGCUGUUGAAAUUGAAAUUUUGGUUGCUUCUAAUGCAAUUGAGACUGGAAGGGGGAUAAACCAAAUUGGCACUUUGCAACGACCUGGAGAUACUCGAUGGUCAUCUCAUUAUCAAUCUCAUUUGAUGAAAGAAAUUAUGGGACUCACAAAUAUGCUUUGCAAAUCUUUGCAACAAAAGUCACUAGACAUUUUAAAUGCCAUGAGUCAAGUUUCAACUACACAAUCACUCAUUCAAAAGAUGAGAGAUGAUGGGUGGGAGCCUUUGCUUACUAUUGUUAAAUCAUUUUGUGAGGAAAAUGAUAUCGAUAUUCCUGAUAUGAAUGCUCAUUACACUAGAGCUCGAGGUAGAUCUUGUCAUCAAGAUGAAGGGUCUCCAACAACAAUGGAGCAUCAUUUUAUAGUUGAUAUAUUUACUGCUGCAAUAGAUUUCCAGUUACAAGAAUUGACAAAUAGAUUUAAUGAGCAAGCUGUGGAACUUCUCAUUCUUAGCGUUGCUUUAAGCCCUAAAGAUGCAUACAAAUCAUUUAAGAUUGAUGAUAUAUGUAAGUUAGCUGAAAAGUUUUAUCCUCGAGAUUUCACCGAGCAAGAAAAAAUUUGUUUGAAAUUUCAGUUGCAGCAUUAUAAGCUUGAUGUGCCAAAGCAUCAAGAUUUUCAGAAUAUGUCUACAUUAUUUGAGUUAUGCAGAGGAUUGGCAGUUUCAGAAAAAUCAAAGAUCUAUCCUUUGAUUGACAGAUUGAUUUGCCUAGUGUUGACUCUCCCUGUUUCUACUGCGACUACAGAACGAGCUUUUUCUGCCAUGAAACUUGUAAAGACUAGAUUGCGUACUAGAAUGGAAGAUGAGUUUCUUGCAGACCAUUUGGUAGUUUAUAUUGAGAAAGAAAUUGCUAAGAAUUUCACUUCAGAGAUGAUAAUGGACGAAUUUUAUUCCAUUAGCGAUCGUCGUCGAGCAUAA